AUGGUUGCCGAGGUGCAGGCCCUCAUAGAUGAGUAUUCAAUCUACAACAACUACUGGAACGACAACUCCGGCCACGCCUUCGAGAUCGGCUCCGGCGGCUAUGUUCUCGCCGAGGGUAACUACUUCGAGGAUGUCGACACCGUCCUUGAGACCGACACCUUCGAGGGUGUCCUCUUCUCCUCCGACAGCGCCUCCUCCACCUGCUCCUCCUACAUCGGCCGCUCUUGCGUCGCCAACUCCAACGGUGGUGACCUCACUGGCACCUCAACCACUGCGCUCGAAGCGUUCGAUGGCGAUUCUCUCCCUACUCCCAGUGCUGCCAGCACCAACCCUGCCUCCAGCGCCGGUCAGGGCAACCUGUAA